AUGCUCGUUACAUCGAAAGCAGCGCCCGCAGCCCAAAAUCGCUAUAUCUACUAUCCCGAUCACCUUGUUCGUGUACCAACGCCCCAGAAAGGUGUCAGCCCAAUAACACAGAUUUCAACACUGUUGUCAACUCUAUUGCGGGAACCCCUCUUUGAGACUUUGCUGUGGAGCUUCAUCACCGAGCCCGCUAAAGAAUGCCACGCAAACAUGCCUGAAGACGAGUCAGUUACAGAUUUCAUAUCGCGCCGAUGGAGUCCGGAGGUAGCGAACAAUCUGGUUUCUAGCAUGUACCAUGGUAUAUUAGCUGGAGAUAUCGACAAACUAAGUGCGGAAGCAAUUUUUGGUUGGAUUCGGCUUGGUGAGAGGAAGGGGAAGAGCGUGCUCGCUGGGAUCAUUGAAAACAUGAGGGCUGGCAGAAAGCUUGUCGUCACGGACGACCAGAUAGCUGCACUUGUAAUAGGCAAGACGAAGCCGCCAAGAUUCAUCAACAGCCUGGAAGUUCUUGUGCGAAACGGCAGUACCUUAACUCUGAAACAUGGUGCUGGCCAGCUCGCAGACACUCUACUCACAGCCCUGAAACGAUCCAAUAAAGUGCAAGUUUUGACGAAUGCGAAUGUCACAAGUAUUCGUCAAAAUCCUCAGAAUCCCAAGCUCACGGUUGAUUGUGAUGGUAAAUCACGCCGCCACGACCGUCUCAUUGCUACCAACUCAGCACCUAACCUUGCGACACAACUCCAAUACAAAGGACCUGACAAGAGUGCAAAGAAACCUACUCGCACAAUCGAUGCGCUGAAAGCGCACAACUACGCAGUGACUACUAUGGUCGUCAACCUUUACUACCCGAAUCCCGAUUUGUUGCCUGUCAGAGGCUUCGGAUACUUGAUUCCCAAGACGAUACCUUACGGUCAGAACCCUGAGAGAGCGCUAGGCGUGAUCUUCGCGUCGGAAUCUAGCGUGGGCCAGGAUACAGCUCCUGGCACAAAACUUACGAUCAUGAUGGGCGGUCAUUAUUGGGAUGGCUGGAAAGAGUCGGAUUACCCCGACCAUGACACCGCGGUUGCGAUGGCUCAAUCCUUGCUCAAACGACACCUCGGCAUUACAGACUCUCCGACUGUGACCCGCUCUCGAUUGCAGCGCGAGGCCAUUCCACAACCCACUGUUGGGCAUGUCGAGCGUAUGAAGUACCUUUCACGUGCGAUUAAGGAUGAAUUUGACCAGCGUAUCACUCUUGCUGGAGCUUGGUACGCAAUGGGCGGCACUGGCGUAGUGGACAGCGUCCGUCAGGCUUAUCUCGCUGCAGCAUACGGCGUCAGGCCUUUUAACCCUGACGAAUUGCGCCCUGUGCCUGCGACAAUGCACUGGGAGCAGGAGGGCGGCAUUAUUGCUGCUCACGAUCGCGUGGUCGCUAUGACUCGUAACUAA